AUGGUCAAGUUCGAUCUCAUCCGCCACGGCGAGUCCUGCUCCAACGUCCACUUCGUCCAGGACGGAACCACGGGCGAAUUCGCCAACGGACCCUACAACAACCCCAACCCGGACGGCACCACCACCGUCCCCGGCGAUCACUUCUUCGCCACCGUCCUGACCCCCUACGGCGUGUCGCAGUGCGUCGCCGAGCGCCGCCGCCUCGAGAGCCCCGUCACUGUCUACCCCGCCGACAAGGUCCAGGCCGUCUUCUCUUCGCCCCUGGAGCGCGCCGUCGAGACCGCAAUCCUGACCACGCCGUUCAAGGCGCUCAAGAGGUGCGGCUGGGUCAUCAAGCUUCUGCCGCAGCUGCAGGAGGCCGUCAAGUACCAGUGUGAUGUAUUUUCGGGCCCAGGGCUGCUGGAGAGGCAUGUCGAGAAGACGCAGAGGUUGUAUGUGGCCAUCUUGAAGGCGGAGGGGAGGGUCGAGGAUGCGGAGGAGUUGGACGGCGUUGAUAUAACCCUUGAUUGGACCGCCAUGAACGAGGAGGUUGCGUCGGCUGGUGGGUUGAGGACUCGCGAGCUGGUGAACGAGUCUGCGGAGAAGCUCGAGGCGCGGGCGGUGGCGGCGAGGGAGGUUCUUGCAGCAAAGGCUGUCGGAAACGACGACGAUCGAUACCUGCUCUUCACGCACGGACAGAUCACCGAGUAUCUGCUGAACCUGCCGCUGUGCAACCCGCCCAAGGCCAAGAGGAUCGAGUUUGUUCUCCAAGGCGCUGGACAUGUCCCAAGGGUGCUUGAAGCGGCCAGUCUGAGAAGUGGCAUGAAUGCGGCUGACGCGAGGAAGGACACAGAAGGAAGGAUCAAGGAGGGCGCGGAGAAGUACAGGGUUUUGGAAAAGGUGGCCUGGAUCAAGGCCAUGGGCAGGGUUCCUGGUGACGUCCCGACGGCGUGUCUUGACAAGCCUGUUCCUGGCAUGGGUAAGUGGCCUGUUCAGAAUGGCCGGUUCUUCCUCACGACAAGUCUCCCCGAGGACGAGCGGCUGCUCAAGGAACUUGCCGGCGCUGCGGUGGCAGCUUGUAAAAGCACCAAUCCAGCCAAGGUCAUGAAGGGUCUUUGGAAGCAGGGAGAGUAUUCGGAGAAGAUGCUGCAAAUGACUGUUGGAAUGGUUGCGAAGAAGUAG